AUGAAGAUCGUUUCGCCCCGGGAUCUCAGCUAUCCCGUUACCGUCAUCGACCUCCUUAAGAAGCGCGACGAUGACGUCCAGCGGUCGGGCAAGCUGUUCAACUACAGCUAUGACAGUCGCGUCACCGAGGGCGACAAGUGGGGAGGCGAGAAGACGGUCAUGAAGAAGUUCAGGCAGACGUUUGCCGCGAGCACAGAGGGAAAGAUCACGCGCUGGUUCAUCAAGCCCGGCACCGUCAUUGAGCGAUAUGGAACUCCGCUCCUCGAGAUUGAAGAGCCAUGCACGCACGAGACACAGUUUGGCGGCCUCUGCGUCGACUGCGGCCGCGACAUGACGCAGGUCGACUACCUCACCAAAGAGCUCGAUGUCGGACGCGCAACGGUCAACAUGGCGCACGACAACACGGCGCUCCUCGUCAGUCACAAGGAGGCGGUAGCGGCAGAGGAGGACGCCAAGAAGCGCCUGUUGAGCGCGCGCAAGCUGACCCUCAUUGUCGAUCUGGACCAGACCGUCAUCCACACCACCUGCGAGCGCACCAUUGCCGAGUGGAAAGCCGACCCCGAAAACCCGAACCACGAUGCCGUCAAAGACGUACAGGGCUUCCAGUUGGCCGACGACAAUGUCUCCAACGUGGCUGCAAACUGGUACUAUGUCAAGAUGCGCCCAGGCCUCAAGGACUUCUUCGACCGAGUCUCGAAGCUCUACGAGAUGCACGUCUACACAAUGGCCACCCGAGCGUAUGCGCAAGCCGUCGCAAAGAUCAUCGAUCCCGAGCGCAAGUACUUUGGCGACCGCAUCCUCAGCCGCGACGAGAACUACACAGACAAGCUCAAGAGUCUGACGCGGCUCUUCUACCAGAACACAGCCAUGUGCGUUAUCAUUGACGACCGAGCAGACGUCUGGCAAUACAGCCCGCACCUCGUCCGCGUGCCCGUAUUCAACUUCUUCCCCGGCGCUGGAGAUAUCAACGCGAGCUUCCUCCCUAAGCAGCAGGAGCUUGUGUCAUUCGCAAAGGACAAAUCGCCCCCGACACCGAAGAAGGCCACAACUGAGAACGCGACGACGAGUGUCGUAUCCGUCCCAGGCAAGCCGCUCGAGACCACGACCGAAACUACGAAUGGUGAUUUGAACGAGCUGGGACAGCAACUCAUAUCAUUAGCAGCAACUGAAGAUUUGGAGGAGCAGGCCAAAGAGCAGGAGAAGCUCAUCAUAGCGCAACAAACAGAGCGACCUUUACUACAACAACAGCUCAUGCAGGACAGGGAGGAUGAAGAGACACCUGCCGAAGCUGAAACUCGCGACUCACGACCGGUCGAACAACCCAAGGUCCGACAUAGUAUCCUCAACGACGACGACAGAGGGCUCGACGUCAUCGAACACAACCUCAACCUCGUCCACCGCACAUUCUACGAUGAAUACAGGAAGGCCAAGAAGGUGCCAACAGGCGGUCGUGUGGCUGAGCUCAAGGGCGAGAAGAGCCCAAAGAAGCGCUCCAUGGAAGAAGACGUCAUUCCCGAUGUAGCUGAGAUUAUGCCGCGCAUCAAGAGCGAGGUGCUCGAUGGUGCGGUGGUUGUCUUUUCUGGUAUUAUUCCGCUUGGUGUGGAUGUCCUAACAUCGGACUUCGCACUAUGGAUCGGAAGCUUUGGCGCAGAAGUUACUACGAACGUUACACGGAGAACGACCCACGUAAUCGCCAACCCCGAUCGAAAGACGACGAAAGUAAAGCGAGCCGCCCGAUACCCCCACAUCAAAAUCGUGAACCCCGAAUGGAUGUUCCAAUGCUGCACCAGAUGGGAGCAUGUAGACGAGACACCCUACAUAAUCGAGACCGAUGCGGCGGAGCGAGGCGGCUCACCCAUCGCCGACCUGGAAGAUGAGAGCCUCGACGGAACAGGGGAUGAAGCCGCAGACAAUGCGUCCCCCGUAGUCGAAAUGUCAAACGACGACUGGGCGCAGCUCGACGACGAGCUCGCUGAUUUCAUGAACGAAACCGACACAGACGGCGGCGGCAGCGAAUCAGAUUCCGACAGCGUCCGAUCAGACAACAGCACCGCAUCAGAUACCCAGCAACAAGCCGCCAAGAAGAAGCGGAAACGCACAAACUCCACCGACGUCAGCGAGACGGAGGAGAGCGAUAGCAGCGUCAACAGCACCACCUCGCGCCUCCAACGGCGGAAGAAACGUACCAUGGAGCGGGUGACGUCACUCACAAAUGUCGUUACCGCCGAUAAAUCAGGUCUACCCAGCCCGGAAACCACGGGGCCGGAAGAAGACCAGGGGGAUGUAGACGGUGACGACGAGGAGAUGAAAAAUCCCGAGGCAAAUGGGACGACGGCGCCAGAUCUCCAGGACGACUAUGACGAUGGUCUUGAAGCGGAGUUACUGGCUGGCUUCGGGGAUAGUGAUGGUGAGGAGUAG